GACCUCCACAUCAGGACUGUAGCCCUGCACAGGGGACGCCAGCUCAACCAGGUGAGCUACAGCGGCGCCCUACUGGAGUGUACUUUUGCAGUGUUAAUUGCAUAAAUGAUGCAAAAUAUAAAACACUGUGAUGAUUACUCCUAAUGUAUUUCAAGAGCUUUUUUCUGCUGAAUUUAAGGAUCAAGCUCAUGGAUGGAGGCAGACCAAGAAAGUGAAAAGGGGAUGUAAAAGAGGGAAGAAAGCAGAGGAAGGAAAUAGAGACAUGCUGGCAACCACCCAACCAGUUGACAUGACCACAACCCCUCAUCAGGGCUCCACAGUCGUCGACAACUCAACCUUCCUGGACUCUCAGUUUCGUUAUGUGCUCUUCCCAGUCGUCUAUGGCAUCAUCUUCAUCCUGGGCAUCUUUGCCAACAUCUACGUAUUGUUCGUCCUCCGCUGCCUCCGGGAAGCCAAGGCCAUGGGCGAGAUCCGCAUCUACAUGACCAACUUGACCAUUGCUGAUCUUCUUUUUGUGUCUGCAUUGCCCUUUUGGAUUGGAUACUACAGUCGCAAUGGCAACUGGAUCUUUGGAGACUUCAUGUGCCGGUUGACGGGCUCGUUUUUCUUCAUCAACACCUACGGCACCAUCCUCUUCCUGGCAGCCAUCAGUGUCAACCGAUACUGGGCGGUCACUCGGCCUCUUGACGUGGCCUCUUCGGACCACAGGCGUCGUGGGAUCAUCGUGUGCGUCAUCAUCUGGGUGUUCAUCCUGUCGCUAUCUGUUCCGUAUCUGGUGCUUCCAGGGAUCAACACUGACUCAAACAACAUCACUCGAUGUUUUGAGGGCUACCAGAAUAGCACUGAUUUUGGCAAGAGAAUAGUGGCCGUCACUCAUAUUUUAAUAACUGUAAUGUUUUUUGUCGUCUUUUUCCUCGUUGUGGUGUGCAACUUCCUCAUUGCUCGGGCCUUGCUUUCUCAAAAUGCCCCUCAGUCAGAAUUUCAGUCUUCAACGAUUAAACACAGAAAGUCCAAAAGGACCAUGUCUUCAUCAUCCAGAAGGCCCCGAGGGGUGAAACGGAGGGCUCUGCAGAUGUUGUGGGCAGUGGUGGGAGUGUUUGUUCUGUGUUUCCUGCCCCACCAUGUAGUUCAGAGUUUCUGGUCGCUGGCGGUGCUGCAGAUCUCAAAAGAUUGGGGCCACGUGAACUGGGCUGAGAGCACUCGUCAGACGCUCAACGACGUACAUCAGAUCACCUUGGUUCUCAUGGGCCUCAACUGUGUUUUGGAUCCUGUCGUUUAUUAUUUUGCCACAAGGAAGUUUAGGAGGUUCAUCAUGGACCACAUUAAAAAGUUUGUGAAGGGCGAAGGGUGUACGCAUACCAUCACCUCACAGGUGUCCAUGGACAGCAGGAAUCACAGCCAGAGACUAAACAGCGAGCACCAACAACCCAGAGAAGACUGAAAGAAUUAUAGAUUUCUCUCAUGCUGCUGUUAAAAAUGACUCAAGUCACAGUCUUUAAUGCACCUCUUGAGCUCAACGAGAGUUCAAAUGUUUAGUGUUGGUGGCGCCACACCCUCGGGGACUAUCUAUAUAUAUAUGUAUAUAUGUAAUGUGCAAAAAUGUGUGAAGAAAAAUGUGUUACACUUUUUUGUUUUGUCAUAUAUUUAGGAUGUGUGGUCUGAAUUGCACCAGUAUUUCUGCCCUUCCUGUGUGAAUCGCAAACUCUUCUUCAGAAAUUAUACAAGCAGAAGUACAUAAACAACUCUGAAAAUUCUACAGAAGAGGAUGACAUGAACAGACAAAGACAUUAUUUAAAUUGUUAUGCAGAUGUUUUUAGCUCAAGAAGGGCACUAAAAGCAGCAAAGAAGUCAAGGCUGGUACAAAUAUACAGAGCCUUUGGACACAUCUUUUGGGGUGUUACGAGCUCUAAAAUGUACUUUAACUUCACAAACUGGAUAUUAUGUCAGUAAAAAUGUGAUAAUGAGACAGUUGUCUGCCCUCAAAAAAGUGUCUCUUUUUCCUUUUUUUCCUUCAUAGUUGUGCUUGGGCAAGUUAUUUCCGGUAUUGUGACACCAGGGAACACAAGUAAUAAUGCUUGAGCUGUGUUUCCCCUCUGGCGUCCCAUAUUGUGACAUUGCAUCUACGUCUCGUGGUAAAAACCCAUGAUUCAACGCAACUAGGAAAACCAGUCCUCAUAAUUAUUCAGCUAUUUGCUGCAUAUAUACUCCACUGUAUUUUAUGUUUUCUUUGAGCUUAUUUGUUGUUGCAAAACAGAUAUGAUGUAUUUUUUUAUUCAGAGGAGCAGCUUUGUUAUCUUUUGUAUAGUUUUUUUGAUGCUAAAAAAAAAGGAAAUUAGCUUUGUGUUUAUACAUGUAGCAUUCUGUUUUAAUAAAGUUAUUUUGUGUCAA